GUUUUAUUUCAUUGUUUUUCAUUUGAAUGCUUUUCAUUUUAUUUCACUGCCUUUAUUCAUUUCAUUCCACUGCCUUUAUUCAUUUCAUUUCAUUUUUUAUUCUGUUCAUUUAGCAUCCAAGUAUUCAUUUCAUUUCACUGCCUUUAUUCUUUUCAUUUAACAUCCAAGUAUUCAUUCACUUCAAUUGUUCUUAUAGUGCUUUUAAAUUGUUCUUACAGUGCACUUAAAUUGUUGUUACACUGCACUUAA